AGAAACCCAACUCCUAUACGUACGUUACAAAAGCCUCCUUUUCUGGGCCCUCAUCUACUAAUAAUACUUAUCUGCUAGGUUCACAGAGAUCAACACCAUCUUGGUUUCUAAGAUCAAAGGGUCUAGAAUUCUACUCAGUGUUGGAAACAACAAAACCCUAUUCUACGCCUUACAAAGCCUCACUUUCUUGAGCCACCUACAGCCCUUCUCUCUCACUAAGCUGCUAUAUAUGAUACCCAUUCUUUUUUCUGGCUAAAUAAGCGUUUUAUUCUUUGAGUUUAUCAACAUGACCAACGUACCAAGGUCUCUCAGAUACUCUUCCUUAACCCUCUUCAAGAACCCUUGGCCUUUUCCUCUUGUUUUCUUGUAAGAUUUUCUCGGGAGAUCGGAAAAAAACACUCAAAAAGAAAGAAGAAAAAAACUAGCUAGCUAACAAGGGCUAGUCUUUCUUUCUUUGUUUUUCUGUCUUUGUUUUCGCUUUUGCUGCAGAUAUGGGAAGUGGAGAGAAAAGUCUGCGAAACUUCCAUCUGCUCUUGCCUCAUCAUCAUCAGAAGAAGCAGCAUCAACAGCAAGAGAUAAGAGAUGUGCCAAAAGGGUGUUUGGCAAUCAAGGUGGGCCAAGGUGAAGAGCAACAGAGAUUUGUGGUGCCUGUGAUAUACUUCAACCACCCACUGUUCAUGCAGCUCUUGAAGGAGGCUGAAGAAGAGUACGGGUUUGAUCAGAAAGGAACCAUCACCAUCCCUUGCCAUGUGGAGGAGUUUAGGUACGUCCAAGGCAUGAUUGAUAGGGAGAAGUCCCUCCAUCACCAUCAUCAUGUAAUUGGGUGUUUUCGGGUUUGAUGAUGAUCAAAGACUGCAACCUUUGACCCUUCAAAAUCUCUUUGGGUCAUGUAAAUUUGGAGUCUUGUAGGGUUUGUGUUCCCAUUUUUCUCGGUAGUUGGGCAGUGAUGAUGUUAUAGAUGAGAUGAUGAUGACGACAAAAGGAGUUGCUAGCAAUUGUAAUCACUUUUUUUUUUUUUUUUUUUGGUUAGGAACCGUUAUGAUAAAAGAGAACUUCUAUUGCUUUUCUUUUCUU